AUGUCCGCCCAUUCGCACAGCCCGCACGACCACGACCACGACGAGGCCGCGACGUGCUGCGGCGGCGACCACGGCCACGACCACGGCGCGGCCCACGACCGCGCCGCGAGCCACGGCGGCCACGGCCACAGCCACGAGCACCUGGACCAUCCCGGCACCUACGCGGCGCGGGCGACGGGGUCGCCGGCGCUCUGGGCGACGCGGGCCUGGAGCGAGCGCGCCUUCACGGUGGGCAUCGGCGGCCCCGUGGGCUCGGGGAAGACGGCGCUCACGCUGAAGCUCUGCGAGGAGCUCCGCGACGCGAUCGCGCUCGGCGUCUGCACGAACGACAUCUUCACGCGCGAGGACGCGGAGUUCCUCACGCGCAAGGGCGCGCUGCCCGCGGCGCGCAUCCGCGCCGUCGAGACGGGCGGCUGCCCCCACGCGGCGAUCCGCGAGGACGCGCUCGAGGACCUCACGCGGUCCGUGAAACCGGAGCUGCUCUUCUGCGAGUCCGGCGGCGACAACCUCGCGGCGAACUUCAGCUCGGAGCUCGCGGACUUCACGCUCUACGUCAUCGACGUCGCCGGCGGCGACAAGGUGCCGCGCAAGGGCGGGCCGGGCAUCACGCAGUCCGACGUCCUCGUGAUCAACAAGACGGACCUCGCGGAGGCCGUGUCGUCGUCGCUCGAGGUCAUGGACCGCGACGCGAAGAAGAUGCGCGGCGACGGGCCCACGGUCUUCGCCGCCGUCAAGCACGGCCGGGGCGUCACGGAGAUCGCCAAGGAGGUCCUCGCCGCGUGGGCCAAGGCCACGGGCCGCACCGUGCCCGCGCCCUGGGCUUGA